CCUCGAUAUGAUGCUGUCGGCCAUGGUCGCCCGCGUGUCAUCACAACUGAGGUUAUCCAGGGGGGGUCUGGAGCCGCCUUCCGCCACCAUAUCGCCGUCUUCUUUCUCCUCGGCGACGAGCAGCGGUGUUUGAUUUCACCACCGCGACGGCGAAGACUGGCACAGACAGUGUGACCAGUGGGACAGAGAAUCGAAGCUGCAGGAGCCGGGAGCCGAUCGCGGAGCUGGUGAGGAGGCGCGUCUCGCACCUGCCCAAAGCGUGGAUCUUCUACGUGGGCGACCACGAGAUCCCUGCGGAUCUGGAAUCGUUGGGCUUGCCCAUCGUCGCGCGAGGGCAGGCGACGUCCCUCAGCGCCGAACUCUCGUCGCACUCGGCCGACCAGGCAGUCGACCCCGUGUCCCGCGGCCUCGGUGCCCUCUGGGAUUACUUCUUAUGCUCGCAGAUGCCAGUCUUCGUCGGUAAUUCGGUGUCCACCUGGAGUGCCUCCCAGAUUGCGCUACGAGACACCGCGGCCUCAUGGUACAACUCUUUUGACAUUUCUCUGGCGCUGUACCUGAGGGACUUCAUCGUUCCGUUUGUGUACACGUACGCUGAGGAGAGCUCGCCCAAAGGCAAGCUGUUUUACUGUAGGUGUCGAUCCUCUCCGUGAGGAGGCAGAUGCCAACUGCGAGCAUCCACAUGCUGUACCACGCGACGCAGAUCUCCGAGGCUGGCUGAUCCAUUACGGCGUCGUCAUCCAGGAGCACCAGCCGAAGUGGCGGGGAAAGCGGGAGGACAUGCGCCGCGCGCUCUUGAAACACCGCAGCCAUCCCAGCCGCCCGUAUGAUAGCCCUGGGAACUGCUUUGGCACAUCUCAGCGCGUCGACAUUCCCCCAACUUUUGUCCAGCUGCCAGUGUACUGUAUACUGUUGGACUCGGAUGCGUUUGUUGUCCAGCCGUUCACGAUCGUGGAUUCGGGUGCGAAGCUGCCCCGUGGAUUGGCCUUCUCAUCCGAGCUUGACGAGGACGGCGUCAAGCCGCUCAACGCUGGCGUCUCACUGCUGAACGUCCCGUUUCUCCGCGAAAGCAUCGACGAGUUUCAGGAAUUCGCGUUCAACCACACCGACUCUGAUUUUGUCAACGGCCUGGGCGACCAAGGCGCGUUCCUUGACUUUUACGGGAAGGACAUUGAAUUCUUAAACCCCAGGUUCAACAUGAAACCAUACUACAAGAACGAGGCAAACUGGAACCAUACGUACAUCGUCCAGUACCACGGGUUGAAGCCACACGAGCAGAUAGCAUAUUGGUUCGACGGGACGUGUGAGCCGCUGCAGUGCUAUCUGAUAUCCAAGUUCUCCGACUCCCCGUAUGAAUACGAGGCGAUGGUGGAGUUCGCCAGGGCUGCCGCUCUUGAGGGCCCAGGCUCUGGGUCCCGACAUCUGACGCCACCCCUACGUCCUAUGUCGCCACAAUAACUUCUCAGUGUAGGCGGGUAGGGUACAUCCGCGGGUGGGGUAUAUCAAUCGCCCUCAUUUUUGUCAUCUGGGUUCCCCCACCCCUGUACCCUCCAAUCCGCGCUGAAGGCUCGCGGCGGCUCCGCGCUGGUUGUUUUGGACCUGCGUUGUCGCUGGCCGCCUUCGCCUUUGGUCA